AUGCCAACGCUAGAUGAUGGUGAGAGAGUAGUUGUAACUUCAGGGUAUCUACCAUACCAGUCUACGGACCCAAGCAGAGACCUAACAAAGCUUAUAAACUACUGCAAACAAGAGAAGUUAGAACUCAUUUUGGGUAUGGAUGCUAAUGCUCACCAUAUUGUAUGGGAAAGUAGUGACACCAACCAAAGAGGAGGUAAACUAAUGGACUUCUUAAUUACAACAAACCUAAGUAUACUGAAUAAAGGGAGUGAACCUACUUCUAUAACCAGGAACAGGAAAGAAGUCAUAGAUAUCACUGUAUGUUCAAAAGGGUUAGUUCAGAGAAUAGAGGAAUGGAGGGUCUCCUCUGAACCUUCUCUGUCUGAUCACAGACACAUACAUCUAGCUCUGAGAGUGGGCAAAGCCAGAACGGAGUUCUAUAGAAACCCUAAGCGAACUAACUGUUACGACUACAGAGAUGCCUUAACACGCAACCUGGGGAGUUCACAGUAUAGAUUUGGAUCACAGCAGGCUAUCGAACAGACCGUAAAAAGCUUCCAGGCAAGUAUUGAGUCGGCAUAUGAGGAAAGUUGUCCCUCGAUAGAGAAAAAGGGUCUAGGACAAGGUAUCGCAUGGUGGAGUGCGCAUUUGUCCAAGUUUAGAAAGAGUACACGUAGACUCUUGAAUAAAGCUAUUAAAUCAGAUCUGGAACGGAAUUGGGAAGUAUAUAGAACGGCCCAAAGAGAGUACAAAUCUGAAAUAAAAAGGUCAAAAAGGAGAGCUGGAGAAAAUUCUGUGGGAAUGUCCACGAACUUCCCACGGCAACAAGACACCUUCGUGCACUAA